GAGAAUAUGCAAUGAGUUGAUCUCCCCCCAGCUGUGGUCUACGGUGAGUGGAGAUGGGCUACAGAGUGGAGUUUUGACUGGCACACACGUUUUACCCUGUCAUGCCUUCAUCACGGUUCUCCCGUGGCCGUGAAUGCAAGGAUAUUUUUUUUUUAUCAGGUUAAAGAGGUCGAAAGGAUUUCUUUUUGUAUCAGGUUAAGGUGAUUUGGUUUUGGUAGCCUAAUUCUGCAGCAAUAACUCCGGAGGCGCUUUAACUUUCAAGACGCGCUGUGCGCUCCUCUUCCAAAGAUCAACAUGAUGUCUGCCAUAGAUACGGGUACAUCUGUGUACCAACCAGCACAACUACUGAACUGGAUCUAUAUGUCUCUACAAGACUCCCACCAGACCAAUGACUUCGAAGCGUUCAGACCGGAUUCUGAGAGUUCUCCACCGGACGAGAACAACUACAAACAGCGGUCCGCUGCUGCUGUCGACCUGAGCUCUGCGCUCAACUCAAACUAUCUUAACAAUUUCUUGCAACUUCAGAGAAAUGAGGCCUUAAACAACCAUUUGUAUAGAAGGUCCUCUCCUCACGGCUCACUCAGCAAUGUCGUAGACGGCCUGAGUUCUCUGACGGACCACUUCUCUGACCUGUCCGUCUCCUCUGAGUCACGCAAACCCAGCAAGCGACCUCCGCCCAACUACCUGUGCCAUCUCUGCUUCAACAAAGGACACUACAUCAAAGACUGCCCGCAGGCUCGGCCGAAAGGGGAAGGCCAGACCCCAUAUCAGGGCAAGAAGAGAUGUUUCGGGGAAUACAAGUGCCCUAAAUGCAAGAGGAAGUGGAUGAGUGGGAACUCCUGGGCCAACAUGGGACAAGAAUGUAUCAAGUGCCACAUCAACGUUUACCCUCACAAGCAGAGACCUCUGGAGAAACCUGAUGGGUUAGAUGUUUCAGACCAGAGCAAGGAGCACCCACAGCACCUGUGUGAAAAAUGCAAGGUCCUCGGGUACUACUGUCGCCGCGUGCAAUAAUAACCUGUCGUUAUCUGGCCGCAAGUUCAUGGAGUUGCCCUCUAGACACUGAUCUUGGGUCAGUUUAGCAUUUUCUACACUAAUGUUUAAGGUCGGGUCUGGGGGAGGGGAAGCUGAUCCUAGAUAUCUACCUACAGUAGGGUAAACUUCACCCCGAAGUCACGUUCACUUCCCUGGUUCACUUCCCUGGCCUGUAGUUGACUUCUCUGGUUCACUUCUCUGGCCUGUAGUUGACUUCCCUGGCCUUAAGUUGACUUCCCUGGUUCACUUCCCUGGUCUUCAGUUGACUUCCCUGGUUCACUUCCCUGGCCUUAAGUUGACUUCCCUGUUUCACUUCCCUGGUAUUUAGUUGACUUCCCUGGUUCACUUCCCUGGUUCACUUCCCUGGCCUGUAGUUGACUUCCCUGGCCUGUAGUUGACUUCCCUGGUUCAAUUCCCUGGCCUGUAGUUGACUUCCCUGGCCUGUAGUUGACUUCCCUGGUUCACUUCCCUGGCCUUAAUUUGACUUCCCUGGUUCACUUCCCUGGGCUGUAGUUGACUUCCCUGGCCUUUAGUUGACUUCCCUGGCCUGUAGUUGACUUCCCUGGUCUUCAGUUGGCUUCCCUGGCCUUUAGUCGACUCACUGGCCUGUAGUUGACUUCCCUGGCCUGUAGUUGAUUUCCCUGGUUGACUCCCUGGCCUGUAGUUGACUUCCCUGGCCUUUAGUUGACUUCCCUGUUUCACUUCCUUGGCCUUAAGUUUACUUCCCUGGUUCACUUCCCUGGCCUGUAGUUGACUUCCCUGGCCUGUAGUUGAUUUCCCUGGUUGACUCCCUGGCCUUUAGUUGACUUCCCUGGCCUGUAGUUGACUUCCCUGGUUCACUUCCCUGGCCUUUAGUUGACUUCCCUGGCCUCUAGUUGACUUCCCUGGCCUUUAGUUGACUUCCCUGGCCUGUAGUUGACUUCCCUGGUUCACUUCCCUGGCCUUUAGUUGACUUCCCUGGCCUCUAGUUGACUUCCCUGGCCUUUAGUUGACUUCCCUGGCCUUUAGUUGACUUCCAUGGCCUGUAGUUGACUUCCCUGUUUCACUUCCCUGGCCUGUAGUUGACUUCCUUGGCCUUUAGUUGACUUCCAUGGCCUGUUGUUGACUUCCUUGGCCUUUAGUUGACUUCCCUGGCCUGUUGUUGACCUCCCUGGCCUUUAGUUGACUUCCCUGGCCUUUAGUUGACUUCCAUGGCCUGUAGUUGACUUCCCUGGCCUGUUGUUGACUUCCCUGGCCUGUAGUUGACUUCCCUGUUUCACUUCCCUGGUCUUCAGUUGACUUCCCUGUUUCACUUCCCUGGCCUGUAGUUGACUUCCCUGGCCUGUAGUUGACUUCCCUGGCCUGUAGUUGACUUCCCUGGCCUGUUGUUGACUUCCCUGUUUCACUUCCCUGGCCUGUAGUUGACUUCCCUGGUCUUCAGUUGACUUCCCUGUUUCACUUCCCUGGCCUGUAGUUGACUUCCCUGGCCUGUAGUUGACUUCCCUGGCCUUUAGUUGACUUCCAUGGCCUGUAGUUGACUUCCCUGGCCUGUAGUUGACUUCCCUGGUCUUCAGUUGACUUCCCUGUUUCACUUCCCUGGCCUGUAGUUGACUUCCCUGGCCUGUUGUUGACUUCCCUGGCCUGUGGUUGACUUCCCUGGCCUGUUGUUGACUUCCCUGGCCUGUAGUUGACUUCCCUGGCCUGUAGUUGACUUCCCUGGCCUGUAGUUGACUUCCCUGGCCUGUAGUUGACUUCCCUGGCCUUUAGUUGACUUCCCUGGCCUGUUGUUGACUUCCCUGGCCUGUUGUUGACUUCCCUGGCCUGUUGUUGACUUCCCUGGCCUUUAGUUGACUUCCCUUGCCAUUAGUUGACUUCCCUGGCCUUUAGUUGACUUCCCUGGCCUUAAGUUGAAUUCCCUGGUUCACUUCCCUGGCCUGUAGUUGACUUCCCUGGUCUUCAGUUGACUUCCCUGUUUCACUUCCCUGGCCUGUAGUUGACUUCCCUGGCCUGUAGUUGACUUCCCUGGCCUUUAGUUGACUUCCAUGGCCUGUAGUUGACUUCCCUGGCCUGUAGUUGACUUCCCUGGUCUUCAGUUGACUUCCCUGUUUCACUUCCCUGGCCUGUAGUUGACUUCCCUGGCCUGUUGUUGACUUCCCUGGUCUUUGGUUGACUUCCCUGGCCUGUUGUUGACUUCCCUGGCCUGUAGUUGACUUCCCUGGCCUUUAGUUGACUUCCCUGGCCUUUAGUUGACUUCCCUGGCCUGUAGUUGACUUCCCUGGCCUUUAGUUGACUUCCCUGGCCUGUUGUUGACUUCCCUGGCCUGUUGUUGACUUCCCUGGCCUGUUGUUGACUUCCCUGGCCUUUAGUUGACUUCCCUUGCCAUUAGUUGACUUCCCUGGCCUUUAGUUGACUUCCCUGGCCUUAAGUUGAAUUCCCUGGUUCACUUCCCUGGCCUGUAGUUGACUUCCCUGGCCUUUAGUUGACUUCCCUGGCCUGUUGUUGACUUCCCUGGCCUUUAGUUGACUUCCCUGGCCUUUAGUUGACUUCCCUGGCCUUUAGUUGACUUCCCUGGCCUGUUGUUGACUUCCCUGGCCUGUCGUUGACUUCCCUGGCCUUUAGUUGACUUCCCUGGCCUGUUGUUGACUUCCCUGGCCUUUAGUUGACUUCCCUGGCCUUUAGUUCACUUCCCUGGCCUGUAGUUGACUUCCCUGGCCUUUAGUUGACUUCCCUGGCCUUUAGUUGACUUCCCUGGCCUUUAGUUGACUUCCCUGUUUCACUUCCCUGGCCUGUAGUUGACUUCCCUGGCCUUUAGUUGACUUCCCUGGCCUGUUGUUGACUUCCCUGGCCUUUAGUUGACUUCCCUGGCCUUUAGUUGACUUCCCUGGCCUGUUGUUGACUUCCCUGGCCUUUAGUUGACUUCCCUGGCCUUUAGUUCACUUCCCUGGCCUGUAGUUGACUUCCCUGGCCUUUAGUUGACUUCCCUGGCCUUUAGUUGACUUCCCUGGUCUUCAGUUGACUUCCCUGUUUCACUUCCCUGGCCUGUAGUUGACUUCCCUGGCCUUUAGUUGACUUCCCUGGCCUGUUGUUGACUUCCCUGGCCUGUUGUUGACUUCCCUGGCCUGUUGUUGACUUCCCUGGCCUUUAGUUGACUUCCCUUGCCAUUAGUUGACUUCCCUGGCCUUUAGUUGACUUCCCUGGUUCUCUUCCCUUUGCCUUAAGUUGAAUUCCCUGGUUCACUUCCUUGGCCUUAAGUUGACUUCCCUGGCCUGUAGUUGACUUCCCUGGUUCACUUCCCUUUGCCUUAAGCUCACUUACCCCUCCAGUGGUUAAUGAAGAGUUGACGCUCAUCUAAUGUGUUGUGUAUAUCUCAGUAAAAUAGGUCUGAUCAACCGUCAAUACUCUGUUGUUAUUGUUAUUAUGUUUAUAAAAACGUUUUUGACCUGUUUCUCUGUUCCCUACAUGUGUGAAUUGGGGACAAUUCCAUUUCACUUAAGUCUUUUCAGGAUUCAAUUACUUCCUGAAUUGAAGUGGAAUUGAUCCCAAACCCUCGUGUGUGUGUUGUGUGUUUUAUGCCGUAGUAGCUCCUGCCUACCUACCCGAUGUUAAGCUGUACCUCUAGCCUUUUCGUCGUGCCAUUUAACAAGCAUCCUUUGUCCUGAUGUUGUCCGCAUUCUUAUUGUGCUCACAUUUUCUGAGAAUAUGUCUACUACACAUGGUAUUAAAAAUGUAUCGUAUCCGUCCACUGUGUCCCGCAUUGUGCCCAGUUUGAUUCCCUGGGUUCCAUCACUGUGUCCUCAUGAUUCUGACAGCCGUUCUUUCAAAGUAGUAUUUGCUUGUUUAUAUUAAGACACAAUUUGAUGCCGUAAGUCAAUGGUGCCGCCUGUGAAAUAUUUUUAGAAGGCGCGGGGCUACCGACGAUUUUAAAUGGUCGACUUACCUCCGGACGUUGUCCGGAAGAUCAGAUCGCAGUGCGUCUUUUAUUAAUCCGUCUACACCUGUCUGAAAAUGUUGCCACAAUCAGAACGUGGACACGAUCAUGACAAAGGAUGCGUGUUAGAACCAGGUCUAAAUGGGGCUUAAGUGACAUCUGUUAGGCUGGGUUUAGACAGGUCUUUUGACCAAUCACAUCACAUCUUUUUACGUCAAAUCCUUUUUUCAGAGGUGAUCUGAUUGGUUAAAAGACCAAUUAGUGAAAAGAAAUAUCAACAUUGGGCUGCCUGUCUAAACGCAGCCUCUGUGUUUACAGGAUUCGUUCAUUUAGUCAUUUGUUAUAACAGUUGAAGUCGGAAGUUUACAUACACUUAGAUUGGAGUAAUUAAAACUUGUUUUUCAACCACUCUACAAAUUUCUUGUUAACAAACUAUACUUUUGGCAAGUCGGUUAGGACAUCUACUUUGUCCAUGACACAAGUCCUUUUUCCAGCAAUUGUUUACAGAUUAUUUCACUUUCACAAUUCCACUGGGUCAGAAGUUUACAUUAAGCUUACAUUACACUAAGUUGACUGUGCCUUUAAACAGCUUGGUUAAAUUCCAUGAUGCCGUGGCUUUAGAAGCUUCUGAUAGGCUAAUUGACAUCAUUUGAGUAAAUUGGAGGUGUAUCAGUGGAUGUAUUUCAAAGUCUACCUUCAAACUCACUGCCUCUUUGCUUGACAUCAUGGGAAAAUCUAAAGAAAUCAGCCAAGACCUCAGAAAAUAGUACCCAAGUGUAAACACCAUGGGACCAUGCAGCCGUAAUACCGCUCAGGAAGGAGACGCGUUCUGUCUCCUGGAGAUGAACAUACUUUGGUCUGAUGAAACAAAAAAUAGAACUGUUUGGCCAUAAUGACCAUCGUUAUGUUUGGAGGAAAAAAGGGGAGGCUUGCAAGCCAAAGAACACCAUCCCAACCGUGAAGCACGGGGGUGGUAGCAUCAUGUUGUGGGGGUGCUUUGCUGCAGGAGGGACUGGUGCACUUCACAAAAUAGAUGGCUUCAUGAGGGAGGAAAAUUAUGUGGAUAUAUUGAAGCAACAUCUCAAGACAUCAGUCAGGAAGUUAAAGCUUGGUCGCAAAUGGGUCUUCCAAAUGGACAAUGACCCCAAGCAUACUUCCAAAGUUGUGGAAAAAUGGCUUAAGGACAACAAAGUCAAGGUAUUGGAGUGGCCAUCACAAAGCCCUGACCUCAAUCAUAUAGAACAUUUGUGGGCAGAACUGAAAAAGCGUGUGCUAGCAAGGAGGCCUAUAAACCUGACUCAGUUACACCAGCUCUGUCAGGAGGAAUGGGCCAAAAUUCACCCAACUUAUUGUGGGAAGCUUGUGCAAGUCUACCCGAAACGUUUGACCCAAGUGAAACAAUUUCAAGGCAAUGCUACCAAAUAGUAAUUGAGUGUAUGUAAACUUCUGACACACUGGGAAUGUGAUGAAAGAAAUAAAAGCUGAAAUAAAUAAUUCUCUCUUCUAUUAUUCUGACAUUUCACAUUCUUAAAAUAAAGUGGUGAUCCGAACUGACCUAAGACAGGACAUUUUUACUAAAUGAUUAAAUGUCAGGAAUUUGUGAAAAACUGAGUUUAAUUAAUGUAUUUGGCUAAAAUGUAUGUAAACUUCCGACUUCAACUGUACCUGUACUAGUAUUUGAGUAAUAAUUCAGGUUUUACUUUAUGUAAAUGUGUUCAUUCAUUUCAUAUCUUAAUAAAAUACAAAUAUUCUUAAUAAUA